AUGAAACCGAAUCGACGGCGAACUCUUGUGCAAUGGAAGCACAAAGCGAGCUCGGUGCUCUCGCUGGCUUGGGAUCAGAUUCGAAUGGGCCACACGCUUAUCGAGAAACCCGGCGGUUUUGAGCGUUUCUGCGGCUACGCCCACGUACGAACACUGUCGAUAUGGAUUGCUUUGCUGGAAGUGAUCUAUUUGAUCUACCAGGGUUUCAUCGUUUCAACGGACAUCCUCACCCCAUCAUCGAAUGUCUCAUCGAUUUCCUCUUCGCUGCACGCUUUCGCCGUCAUUUUGGCAUUGACCGCCGUUUUUCUUCACGUGCUCGGCAUUUUAAGAAGAACACCGACGUUGUUAAUUCCUCAUAUGUUGAUGCAGGUGCUAGCAAUCCUGGCGUUGUUUGCCCUGGCCGCCUUUAGCUUGUACGCUUUGCUGGUGGGCACGUCGGUGAAGAUCAACUUGACGAUUGAGGGCGAUUUAACGACCGAGGGUUUACAAGCUCCCUCGAACUUCCCCCGUCUACCGCUCCCGCGAGUGCCGAUCGCAAAAGUCUCGGCUCUCCUCAUCGCCAUUCUUAUCACCGUAACCAUUUUCUAUGCGACGACGGCCAUGGCUACGAUUUGGUGCUUUCACGUAGUUUUGGACUGCUAUCGAUGGUUGAUUCUGAGGAUAGCUGAAAAGGCGCAAGUGAACGGCAACCGCCCACCAACGAUUCCAGUGAUUGUCGAGGCGACAAAGGGCGGCCAAAAUGGGGCAAAUGGGCAUCAAAAUCAUCACGGAGUCGUGCCAUCACAAGUU